AUGAAGGUCUUCACUCUCCUCGUGCCUCUUCUCUCCGCACCACUGGCCUUUGCCGCCCCCGGCGACUAUGGCUAUGGCUAUGGAAACACCAAGACCGUGACGGCCACCGUCACUGUCACGAAAAACUACCCCCAACCUCCUGUCACCAAGACCAAGACCUUGACAGUGACUCAGCCCGCCGUCACCAAGACCGAAACGGUCUACAAGCACAAGCCCCCAGUCACCAAGACCAUCACCGUCACCCAGCCUCCCGUCACUGUGACCAAGCCUCCGGUUACCGUGACCAAGCCUCCCGUCACUAUCACCAAGCCCCCAGUGACCAAGACCGAGACCGUGUACAAGCACAAGACUGUCACUGUGACGCAGCCCGCGAUCACCAAGACCAAGACCAUCACCGUCACAAAGACCGUGACCGAAUAUCCUCGCAAGACCCACGACAAGCCCGGCUACGGCAACCCUGGCUAUGGCAACCCCGGCUACGGCAACGGUGGCGGCAAGGACAAGGACAAGGACGGAGGUAAGAAACUCACAGAUUCUUUGAGACAUGAGAGUUGCUAA